GAUACGAGAUUCGUUCGUUAUUACUACCAGAUAAUAAGAAAUAGAGCUUGUGUUCUGGCUGUGUCUUCUCGUCGGAGGAAAUGGAAGACGCCGGAGUUUAUCGGAACCCCGAUAACCUAUCGCAAAAGAUCGUUGACGUCGCUGCUGGUGAAUCACAUACUCUCCUUCUCACUGGAGAUGGCAGUGUGUACUCUUGGGGUAAAGGAAUGUUUGGACGGCUUGGACUUGGUUCUCAAAAAGAUGAACCUUUUCCAGUUAAGGUCAACUUUCGAAACCCUAGUGAAACUAGAGACAGUGUUCAAAUAUUGGGAAUUGCUGCUGGUGCUUAUCAUAGUCUUGCUCUUGCAGAAGAUGGAUCUGUGUGGUGCUGGGGUUACAAUAUCUAUGGUCAACUUGGUCUUACUGGAGAGGACUCUCAUGAUUCCCUAGUUCCUUGGUUACUUAGCACUAGCAGGUUUCUUGAGUUGCAACCCCCUGAUUCUUCAACGGACCUAUCUGAAGCAGAAGGCAAAGCAUCACUAAAGAUCUGUAUUGUCAAAGGAGGAGGAAUGAUGUCUCUGGCUAUCGAUAAUCGUGGGACCCUGUGGAUGUGGGGAAACAUCCCACGAGAAAGCAAAGAAGGAGGGCUAUCUCUUGUAAGCAGUUUCACUCCAACCCCGGUGUGGGAUUUUCAUGGUCGAGCUGUUGUCAAGGUUGCAUGCGGAAACGAGCACAUUGUAGCUCUGGUUAGUGCUACAGAAUCACACAAGGAUGAAGAUCUACUGUGCUACUCUUGGGGUUGUAACAACCAUGGCCAAUUAGGGUUGGGGGAUAGGCAGAGCAGGCUGCAUCCAGAAGUAGUAAAAAUAUCCGACGAGGAGUCUCUCUGGACAAUUGAUGAGGUUGCAUGCGGUGCCUUUCACACUGCUUUGCUCGCUCGCAAAAAGAAACUCGGCGACACAUUAGAAAGCAUGUGCUGGACUUUUGGCCUUGGUGAAAAUGGCCAACUCGGGCAUGGUACAACGCAAAGCGCUUUGUUUCCUGCACCCGUUAAAGAAUUGCCACAAAAUGUAUAUCUUAUUUCUGUUGACUGUGGCUUGUUUCAUACAAGUGUUGUUUCUUCAAAUGGGGAUGUGUGGUCAUGGGGAAUGGUGAAAGGUCUUGGCUUAUGUCCUGACGCUAGUCGUGCUGAAACAGAUUGUGGCGAUGCCCUCUCUCCCCUUCGCAUCUCAUGUGAGCCAUAUCAACCUAUUUUUCCAGGUCCUGUUAAAGUCGCGUGUGGGGCUGCACAUACUGUUGUUGUUGCACAGGAGGGGCAUAAGGUGUGGUCUUGGGGUAGGGGAAGGAGUGGAGUUCUUGGGAAUGGUAAGGAAAUGGAUAGUUACGUUCCCACCAUCGUGCUGUGGCCUCCGAUAACAAAGGAUUUCAAGGAAGAGGAUUUGAAGAGCUCUGAUGAGCAAGAUAAGGUGAAAGAAAAGAAAACCGAAGCAAUAACAGAAACAGAUGAGAAAUUAUCCUCGGCCAUGAAUGAGGUGAAGCUGCUUCAAACAAAGCUAUCUAUAAUGGAAAAAUAUGCCAGUAUACUUCAUGGUUCUAUUUUUGGAAAACCUUUUGAUGAACAAGAUAUUCCUGUUUUGAUGCGGAAUUCAGAUUCAUUGGAUAUUGCAAAAGAAUGGGAGAACAUGUUAGAGGCAGCAGAUGAUAGGAAGCUAAUUAGGAUGGAAAUGUUUUACCGUGACAUGCUAGCUGGUGUGAAAGAUAAAUUAAUGAAGAGAAAGAUCAAAGAAAUUAUAAAGGAAUGUCUCCAAUCUUCAGAGGUAAAUAAUAAUUAGUAUAUAUAGAAACAAAAUAAAUCUCAUUCUGAACAUAAGAUUUUCACAUACAAAGCAGUAAAGUUAAUUUCAUCGGUUCCAUUUUGGUUUUGCCCAUUUGUCCCUUCACUUGAUUCUUAAAUAAGAAAAUACACAGUUCACUACACAAUUUUAUACAUAUUUAUUCUUCUCAAACAAGAAAAGAUAGUGUAAAAGUUGUGAUCUGGAACUCUUCAAUGGAUAUCUCUGCAGCAUUGUUUGUACCGAUACAUCGAGAUAGCAUGUUUGAAAUUUAUCAAGUUGAUUAUUCUGAGUUUUGAGUACUAUGUAUUACACUAUUAUGACUUCUAAUUAUUAGAUAUUCUAUUGCUUCA